CAACCUCCUGCAUGGUUUUCCGUAGGGAAUGUAUGCAUGCACAGUUUAUUUAGAAAUCUUUUCAAAUUAAGCUGUUAAUUUAGCUAUUUUGACACGUCCUUGGCGACCUAACAGCAAGAUUUAUAUACACAUCCUAGAUAUGGCAGGGGUUAUCCGGAGGCUUGACGAAGUGGUUGUGAAUCGUAUUGCAGCUGGAGAAGUUAUUCAAAGGCCUGCAAACGCGAUUAAAGAAAUGAUUGAGAACUGUUUGGAUGCAAAGUCUACAAACAUCCAGGUGACCGUAAAAGAUGGAGGGCUGAAGUUGAUCCAGAUACAGGAUAACGGCACGGGCAUCCGAAAGGAGGACAUGGACAUUGUUUGCGAGCGCUUCACAACGAGCAAACUACAGACAUUCGAGGAUCUCUCUACCAUAGCAACCUACGGUUUCAGAGGAGAGGCACUUGCCAGCAUAAGUCAUGUGGCACAUGUCACAAUAACAACCAAAACAGCAGAUGCAAAAUGUGCCUACAGAGCCAGCUAUAGUGAUGGGAAGCCGAAAGCCCCACCAAAACCGUGUGCUGGCAACCAGGGCACUCAGAUCUCUGUGGAGGACCUCUUCUAUAAUAUUACCACCAGGAGGAAAGCUCUGAAGAACCCUAGUGAGGAGUACUCCAGGAUUGUGGAGGUGGUUAGCAGGUAUGCCAUCCACAAUUCUGGGAAGAGUUUCACUGUUAAAAAGCAAGGUGAGCUGGUAGCUGAUGUCAAGACUCUACCCAAUGCCACCAUACUGGACAAUAUUCGGGUGAUAUUUGGCGCGAAUGUGAGUAGGGAGCUGAUAGAGAUUGGUUGUGAGGAUCAGAAGUUGGCUUUUAAGUUGAAUGGCUACAUCUCCAAUGCCAACUACUCAGUGAAGAAGUGCAUUCUCAUCCUCUUCAUCAAUCAUCGCUUGGUGGAGUCCAGUGCCCUGAAGAAGGCCAUUGAGACAGUUUAUACUGCUUACCUCCCAAAGAAUACCCACCCUUUUCUUUAUCUCAGCUUAGAGAUCGCCCCCCACAACAUUGACGUGAACGUCCACCCCACCAAACACGAGGUGCACUUCCUGCAUGAAGACUGCAUCAUAGAGAGCGUCCAGAAGCACGUUGAGAGUAAACUACUCGGCUCUAAUACCUCUCGCACCUACUUUACACAGACGCUGCUUCCUGGUCUGCCCGCCUCCACCAGCGACCUCAAGCCACCUGGCUCAUCCUCCGAGGCCAGUGAGCGGGUUUACGCCCACCAGCUGGUCCGCACCGACUCCAAGGCCCAGAAGUUGGAUGCCUUCCUGCAGCCUGUUGCCAAGCUUCCUCCUAUCGCCUCAUCCUCCUCGUCCUCAUCUUCGAUGAUGUUGUCAUCUGCUGCUGGGCUGAGCAGUGGCCCCUCGGCCUCGUGUGCCUCAUCAGAGCUGCGGGAUGACGAGAUGCUGGAUGCUCUGGAGGAGCUGGACCCGAAAGAGAGCAUGGAGACCAGCACCACUGAUGCUGAUGCUGAUGCUGCACCCAGGAAAAGGCCUCGAGUGAACCCAGGAGAGGAGGAGCUUACAGCAGGUGCCACCCCCAAGAGACGUGUCAUCAAGCUGGCAAGUGUGAGAGAGCUCCGAGAGGAGAUUACAGAGAAGAAUCACAAAGGUCUUCAGGAGAUGCUGCAAAACCUCACCUUUGUGGGCUGUGCCAAUCCCCGGUGGAGUGUGGUCCAGCAUCACACUAAACUCUACCUACUCAAUACCACCAAGCUGAGCCAAGAGCUUUUCUAUCAGAUCAUGAUCUAUGACUUUGGCAACUUUGGAGUUUUGAGAUUAUCGAGCCCUGCUCCUCUUUAUGAGCUGGCCAUGCUGGCCCUCAACUCACAGGAGAGCGGUUGGUCAGAGGAAGACGGGCCCAAGGAGGGCCUGGCCGAGUUCAUCGUGGACUUUCUGCGGAAGAAGGCCGAUAUGCUGGAGGAUUACUUCUCCCUGGAGAUAGAUCAGGAGGGAAACCUCAUUGGACUGCCUUUGCUGCUGGAUAACUAUGUCCCUGCAAUGGAGGGCCUGCCCAUGCUGAUCCUGCGCUUAGCAACAGAGGUGAACUGGGACGAUGAGAAGGAAUGCUUCCGUGACUUCAGCCGCGAGUGCGGUCAGUUUUACUCCAUCAGGAGUGAGUACAUACUGGACACUGAGACGGAGUCACAGGAUGAAGAAGUGGGUGCGUCUGAGGGCGCCACACCCUCGUGGCGCUGGCAGGUGGAGCACCUGCUGUUCAAAGGCUUCAGGACGCUCUUCAGUCCUCCCACACAAUACAGCGAGGACGGCAGUGUGCUGCAGAUCGCCAACCUGCCCGACCUCUACAAGGUGUUUGAGAGGUGCUGAGCUCCUACCCUGUACCCGGACGUAUACUGUAGGCUGCGGUGUAAUGUAUCUAUAUUAGAUAGAGCACUAAAAUCUGUAUUGGCGGCCCACUCGAUUGGUGGCCCACUCUAAAUACAGAAAAGACUUCUCUUGAAUCCUGGACAUUGUGGAAUGUUAUUUUAGAUUGAAUGGUGCUAAAAAUAUGUAUAUAUUCUAUAUUUUCUAAAUAAAACCUAAGCCAUUUGUUCA